AUGUGUGCGCCAACUCUCGCGAUAACGAGAGCGCUGAACACGAAAGUCUCAUGGGCAUUGCCUCGUACCCUCGCCUUGUCCGCCCCAGUGCGGUGGUGUUGUAGUAAGGGCGGUAGCAGUAACGGCACAGAACAUCGUGCGGGCGGCAGUGACACCGAGAACGCUUCCUCGGCGAGCGCAUCGGCACCGAACCCCUCCACGGCGGGGACGACUGCACCCAAGCGUCGAGUACAGAUCGCGGUGGUGGGCAGCGGGCCCAGCGGCUGUUUUGUCGCCAGCUACCUUGUCAAGAAGCACCGAGAGCUGCACGUGGACAUCUUCGAGCGGCUUCCCGUUCCCUUUGGCCUGUGCCGCUACGGGGUGUCACCGGACCACCCGGAGAUAAGAAAUGUGGAGAAGCAGAUGAUGGAACUCUUCCAGGGUGGACGCGUUACGUGGGUCGGGAACGUGUCCAUUGGGAAGGAGAUCCCACUGCAGGCGUUGCUGGCGCACUACGCGGCGGUGGUGUUCGCGACCGGGGCGGACGGAUCGAAGAAGCUUGGCCUCCCAGGCGAGGACCUUGGCGGGGUCAUCUCCGCCCGAAGCUUUGUGGAGUACUACAACACCCUCCCGUUUCCCUAUGGCUCGCCGCACUUCUGCCCCUUCGAUCUCGAACGCACGAAGCGCGCGGUUGUCAUCGGGAACGGCAACGUGGCCAUGGACGUGGUGCGGGUGCUCGGUGGGUCGUACAGGUACUUCUCUACAACCGAUAUGAACUGCAUGUGCAUUAAGGAACUCAUGAAGAAUCAAGUCGAGCACAUCAGCGUGGUGGCACGCCGCGGCGUCGAGCACUCCGCCUUCGCCACCGCCGAGUUCCGCGAGCUCACCAAGUAUCAGAAAGACCGUGUGAAAGUGGAGGUGGACUACUUCGACCUCAACGCGGCAGUGGCGGCGAUGCCGGUCGGCAAGGUCAUGCGUGCGCACAAGCGCAUGAUGGAGUUCGUGCAUCAGCACGUGCUAACGAGCGAAGAAACAGCCGCCGAGGCGGUGCAGCUAGCGACGGAUGCGCAGGGCGUGCCACUACCAUGCGCCGUGGCAGCAAGCACUGCCCCCUCACCUGCAGAGCCGUCUGCGACAGCCACAGCGUUGGAAUGCGGAAUGGGUCGCCCGCAGCGCGAAAACCGCGGACCGUGCCGCCUGCGGUUUCGGUUCAACCUCACGCCGGUCGCCAUCCUGCCCAGCCGCCACCACAAGAACUACGUUGGUGGAGUUCUAUUCAAGAAGACGCACGCCGAGGCACCGCGCAAGGCAGCAGCAGACGCAGACGGGUACUGCGUCGUGCCGUGCGACCUCGUCAUGACCUCCAUCGGCUACCGCUCUGACAGCAUCGCCGACGUUCCCUUCGACCACCGCGCCGGUGUCAUCGACAACGAGAAGGGUCGCGUAAAAGGCAUGCCGCGUGUGUACUGCGCCGGCUGGGCUAAGAACGGUGCCAAGGGCAUCAUCCUCCACUCCGUCGUCGAUGCCCAAGAGACGGCAGCGACUAUCCUGGCGGACAUGGAGGCAGGCGUCAUCCCAACGGAGCCGACGGCGCAACCCGGGGAAGCCGAGGGAGCCGCAGCAGCGGUCAGAUCCUCGUCAGCAGACGCGGCCGAUGCGGAGCCAGUGGUGGUGCUAUCCUUUGGAAGCGGCAACUCCACGUCGCACCGACAGGCGGCUGGCGCUGCCGCCACCACGAUGCUCGGCAAGUAUGGUCUCGUCGACUACUUUGUCACCAAAAAGCUGCAGCCAGUGUCCAUUGCGGGCCUGCAGCGCAUAUUAAACGUGGAGCACCAACGUGGUGUGGACCUCGGCAAGAAGGCUGAGAAGAUCGGCACGGUGCGCGACAUGCUCGACGUGGCCCUCGGUGGUGAUGUGGGCAAAAAGGCUGACGAGCGCAUCCGCGGCAUCACACCUGUCCGUUCUGAUGCGAUGCUGUACCUGAAGGAGCUGCUGGACGACGAUACGGACCUGGCGGCGUUUGCUCGCCAGGUUGCGCGAGACGUACCACACAAACUUUCCCAGCAGCACCCGCUCGGGAGCAUCGCACCGAACCAGCUGUAG